AAGUUGGUGAGUUCUCAACUUUAUCAUCAAGUUUCAAUUUAACGGAUUCAGAACAACUAACAAAAUUUUUAGUAAAUGCAAUUGAGACAGACGAUAAAAAAUCUUCUGCAAUAGAAAAAAUAGGUAAAGAAGAAAUUGGUAAAAAAGUCCCCCGAUGGUCAUACAAAUUAAUAACUGAAUUGGAACAAAUAUCGUAUUUUACAAAUCCACCAGAUGAUCAUGAUAUUCGUUCAAGAAAAGGGAUCAGUGUAUUAAUUUUUGAAGAACCUAAGACUCUCAAAGAUAAGACUACAAACAAAGAUAAGAAUACAAAAGAUACAAAUAUUCAAGCUAUAAAAUCCGACGAUAAUGAGAAAGAUAAAAAUAUUAAAAAGAAAAAGGAAGAUGAGGAUAAUAAGCUUUUUUUAUUACGAUAUCCGCACCAAUCUGAUUUUCGCCAAGGCUUAAUAAAAGACUCUAUGCGAACUCAAAGACGUAAAAUAGUUAUUGAGGGACUUUUUAAAGCAAAUGCGCAUUCCCCUCUUUUUUUUGACAGGAUGAGGAAAAAAAACCUUUUUUUCUCUACCAUACCUGGCUCAACUGAAACGGCUUUUUAGAAAAUGGUCAUCCAUAAAAGAGUUUGGGAUUUUAGAAUCUACAGAGGAAAAAAAAAUAAUAAUAAAAAGAGAAACCAAAAAGGAAAAAAAACGACGAGAGGAAAUAGAACGGUUAGAGAUAGGGGAAGCCUGGGAGCUUUUCCAUAUACCCAAAUAAUAAGAGGUUUUUUAUUAAUAACCCAAUCAAUUCUCAGAAAAAAGAUUCUAUUACCUUCAUUCAUAAUCGGUAAAAAUAUCGGGCGUAUGCUACUAUUUCAAACUCCUGAAUGGUCUGAAGAUUUAAAGGGAUGGAAUAGAGAAACGCAUGUGAAGUGUACUUAUAAUGGUAUUCCGUUAGCUGACAAAAAAUUUCCGGAAAAUUGGUUGACAGAAGGUAUUCAAAUCAAAAUUUUAUUUCCUUUCUGUCUCAAACCUUGGCACGAAUAUAAAUCGCUAAAUUCUCGUGAUGACUUUUGUUUUUAUAACAGUUUGGGGAAGGGAAACAGAACACCCUUUUGGUCAUCCACGACAAAAACCUUCGUUUUUUAAGCCUGUUUUUAAGGAACUUUACAAAUUUGUAAAAGUAAAAAUUAAAUUUUUAAAAAAGUUUUCAAAAAAAAACACAAGUUCAAAAGAAACAAGAACAAUACACCCGAGUGUAAUAAAAAAUGAAAAAGAUGAUCUAAUAAAUAACCAGAUAAUGAAUCAACCCUUGAGUAAAAUUGAAAAAAUUACAGAUUGGAAAAAUUAUUCACCGAUAGACAAAAUGCAGGCUAUCACUCAUAGGACAAGUACAAUUAAAAAAAAACUAGAAAGAAUUACGGAAGAUAAGAAAAGGGUCACUCUAGAACUUGAUAUGAACCCUUACAAAAAAAGUUCGAGAUUAGCCUUGUCAAAAAAUUUUUGUCAAAUGUUGAAAAAAAAAAAAAAAUAGAUUAAUAUAUAAAUUUAAUUAUUUUAUAAAAUUAUUUAUUCAAAGAAUAUCUAAUUGUAUUUUUUUAUAUACUAUAUCUAUUUGCCAAAUGACUCAAAAAGUCUUUGUGGAAUCAACAAAAAUGAACUCUCUUUCAAAUUCAAAUAUAAAAACGCAUAAUAAUAAGCUUUAUAAGGAAAAUUCAGAGAGUUUUGGUGAUUUAUCCAACUUGUCACAAGCAUAUGUAUUGUACAAAAUAUCAGAAAGGGGUUUUUUGAACGUACGUAAUUUCAUAUCUGUUCUUCAACAAAAUGGAACAUCUUUCUUGAUUAAAAAGAAAAUAAAAGACUCAUUUCAUACACAAGGAAUACUUCCAUCUGAAGGAAUAAAAAAACAACUUAAGCGGCCUAGAACGAGUCAAUGGAAAUUUUGGUUAAAAGGGAAUUCUCACUACGAUUUAUCUCCUAAUUUCUGGUCUGCCUUAAGAUCACAAAAACAAAAAUGGAGAAAUAGGGCGAAUCGCUAUCGUAGGUCUAAACAAAAAUAUUUAGACAAAAGGACUUCCGGUAAAAAAUUAAAAUUAAAUACUUACAGGAAACAAAAGGAUGCUAACUCAGUCUUGAAUAAAAAAACAAAAGAUAAUUUAAAAAAAUGCUAUCGAUAUGAUCUUUUAGCAUAUCAAUACAUUCAGUAUGAAAAAAAUAGUGGAACCCCUCCAGGAGCUAAACG